CGGGGGGGGGAAGAGGUGGAGAUUGCGGAGCAGGGCAGGAGAGGGCGUGAAAAAGGCGCGCAAGUCUCCCUCCCGCCUUGCGCCUUGGAAGCGCCCCGGAUGAAUCUCUUCCCAUUUUCUUGGUCCUCUGCCGCUUCUGUUCGGCAUCUGCGCUGCUCUUCGGUAUCUUACUGUGGGCUGAAUCCUGAGCUGAACUGGCAUGAAACAGCUGAGCAGGGGAAGAGGAGAUGUGACAGCAUGCUCAAGUUCUCUUCCCACUCCCCACCCUUCUGCUUAACGGUGAUAACUCUGGGCGUAAUCACUGAGAAGAUGUUGCAGAAGAAGACCCAAGAAAGCAGGAGGCCUUCCACAGGGCCACUGGGAGCUGAGGAGGGUUCUACCCGUGUCAUCACCAUUGUCUUCGUGGCACUCCUGAUUGAUCUCUUGGGCUUCACUCUUAUUCUGCCACUCCUUCCCUCAAUACUUGAUCAUUACAGCAAGAAUGGUGAUCAUUUCUACAUGACACUGCAGCAUGGUGUGGACUGGUUCAGUGAAGUGGUUGGUGUGCCUCCUGAACGAAAGUACAACAGUGUCUUAUUUGGAGGUCUAAUUGGCUCCAUAUUUUCUAUACUUCAGUUCCUUGCCUCUCCACUCACUGGAGCUGCAUCUGAUUACUUUGGCAGAAGGCCUGUCAUGCUCUUGACUCUGAUUGGCCUGAUAGCAUCGUAUUUCCUAUGGGCCAUUUCCAGGAGCUUUGAGCUAUUUCUUUUCUCUAGAAUCAUCGGUGGAAUAAGUAAAGGGAAUGUCAGCCUCUCCACUGCCAUUAUUGCUGACUUACAAUGUCCAAAAGCUCGAAGCAAAGGCAUGGCAAUGAUCGGUGUGGCUUUCUCCUUGGGUUUUACUCUUGGUCCUAUGCUUGGAGCGUACCUCGCCAUGGAGACAGAGAAGGGAGAACUCUUCUAUGUUCAAUCUGCAACAUUUGCUGUCCUGUUUGCAGUUAUUGACUUGGCUUUUGUCUUCGUCUUGUUGCCAGAGACACUCCCAAAAGAAAAAAGGGUGUCCUCCAUGAUGUCAGGUUUUCGGUCGGCAACAAACCUAAUCAAUCCUCCAGCCUUAUUCCAGUUCUCUGCAGUAAGCCAAAGAAUGGAAUCACCUUCAAAAGAGAAUCUCAAGAUCCUGGGUUUGGUAUACUUCUUAUACCUAUUCCUCUUCUCUGGUCUGGAAUACACACUGAGCUUUCUUGUCCAUCAACACUUCCAGUUUAGCAGCAUGGAACAAGGGAAGAUGUUUUUCUUCAUUGGAAUUAUGAUGGCGAUGAUCCAAGGAGGUUACACUCGCCAAAUUAAGCCAGGAAAUGAACUAAAGACUGUUAAAAUGGCAAUAAUGCUGUUGGCUCCCGCUUUCCUUUUAAUUGGCUGGGGUGCUAAUGUGGUCAUCCUGAGCAUAGGACUCUUAUUCUACUCUUUUGCUUCUGCGGUUGUCGUUCCUUGUUUGUCUACAGUGGUGUCUAGUUAUGGAUUAGCAAGCCAAAAAGGAACACUCAUGGGCACCUUGAGGAGUCUAGGGGCCCUUGGAAGAGCUAUUGGACCAAUCAUGUCAGCAACAGUAUACUGGCUGGCAGGAGCUGAAGUUUGUUUCACUGUUUGUGCCUUUUUGUUCUUGCUCCCCUUCAUCCUGCUUCGAAGCAUUCAAGACCAAAUGAAAAGCGAAUAAGUUACUACUAUUUUCUAAGAAACUCUGAAAAUAAUGCUGAAGCUGCUGGGCAAGAAGUGCUUUAUGGAACAUCGUAUUGUUAUGGAAUAGCAUAUUGUAUUGAUGUUCUAGAAAAUUAACUCAGCUGUCACUGAGCACUCUUUUGAACACCAUUUCCUGGAAAGCAUUGAAUUUAAACAUAGGGCUCUCUUAAAUUGUUUUCUUCUGCACUGUGAUGAAGACCUCCAAUGGAGAAAUUUCAGAUGCUGCCAUUCUGCAAAACGUUUCUGCAGAGAAACAUUUGAAGAAAACAAAAGUUUGUGAAAGAAAGAAAUGUGAAGUGUCCACAGAUGAAUGGUAGACACAUGGUGUGUCAUCUCUUUACAGAUAAGAGAGCAUAGUUAUAUCAAUAAGGAGUGGGUGUACAUUGGCUUUUCCUACCUUGGUACUCUUCAGGUGUGUUUAGACCACAACUCCCAGAAGAUCCUAGCUAAGCAUCUGUGAAACAUUUCAUUGGCAUGCAUCUGCCAAGAACAGGGAAAUCUGUCUGUGUGUAUUUUAACCAUGAAAUUCGUCUCUUAGUUUGGCUUUAACAAACUGCAUAUUGGUAUAGUUGUCUGGCCCUUCUGAUGUUCCACUGCAUUGCUCAUCACCCCUAGACAUAUUCCAAAUAGUGAGGGAUUAUGGGAGUUUUUGUCUACAUAUCUGAAGGACCACAUUUAAUUUUGUUUUGUUUUUUCUCUUCCUGU